AUGUUGACUUCUGAAGAUCACCCGCACUUUUGGGACAGCCUGGUGUUCGCUGCGCUAGACGCCAAUCUGCAUACACUGCAGGAACAGGCCCGAGUUAUGGCUUAUGAAGAGGUCCUCCGACCUUCUGGAUUACGCCGUGAUAUCCUAAGUCAAUGGCACCUCGCGAGACAAGAAGCCGCCGCGAUCAAUGCUGACCUGACGGGUUUCAUCAAACAUUGGCCAUCCAUGAGACAUCUGAGCCGGAAAGAAGAUGGCGCAGGCUUCAAGAGGCAAGAUAUGACUCUAGAUUGGUACAUUGACGAGCUCGCAGACGAGAUUGAGCCACUUGAGGAGUUCCUGUUCAACCUUGGGCCAGUCUUGGUCGGAACCAUCACCCUCCAAGAUUCUGCACGUUCAACCCAACUCGCGGAACAAUCAAAUGCGCUCGCCGCACAAGCAAAUAAGUUUGCACAGUCAGCCAAUGACUUAGCAGAACGAGGGAUGUGGUUGACGUUGAUUGCCGCUGUCUACUUGCCACUCACGCUCGUUACAGGCAUCUUUGGCAUGAACAUCAAGGAGAUCAACGAUGGUAAUCCGAGGUGGUGGGCUUGUGUUACGGCUUUUGUUUUGAUCGGCUCGCCGUCUCUUGCUGCUGCUAUCUGGAUCUUUGUUAGAAAUCGGAAGGCGAAAGGGAAGCGCAACAGGGAAGUUGAGAAUCUGAAGGUUCGAAAUGAGGCUGUAGCAUGA